AUGAUCCAAACAGCUGUCCCCGAGAUCUUCGAGGAUGACUCAACCUCGGUAGUAGAUAUUCGCACGGAAAACUUGCAGGCUCUGCGAGAAUUGGGUCCGCCUGAUCUCGUGCACCUCUUCAAGCAGCCUGUCAAGUCGACCAGCAAGCAGACCAACAAAGUCACCUCCGGUCUCUACUGCUGCUAUAAUGCAUUCUCCCGCCUCGACAUGCGUGUCCAAGUCCAAAUCCCUGGCACAGUCGAGAGCUACUGCGUCAACGAGCGUGGUGACAAGCUCGAAGCUUCCGAAGAACACUGGCUGGAGACAUAUCUGUGCAGCGUCCUGCGCGCCUACUCGUACGCUGAUGAUGGCUCGGGUGACACCAUCAAGAAGAUUGUCGGCGUCCGUCGCUUCAAUCCCAUCACAAACACCGAGGCUGAGCACAAAUUCCUGGAUGCUGCCGAGCGUCUCUUCUUUGCUGGCUGGCAGCUGGGCUCUGAUCCCGAGAUUCAAGUACCCAACCUCGUGUCGAACCAUCUCACAACUGGCCUGCUGAAUUACAUCCGAACUACCGGCCGCUACACGUCAGGCAUCAACCUCUUCGAGAAGCUACGCACGCGCGACCCUGAGAUAUCAUCUCUGCUCGCCCGUGUCUACAUCAUGGGAGAUGAAGAAGUCAAGGCUGUUCAGUUGCUGCGCGAAGCCAUCCACCAGAUGCCUAUGGACUACCCCUUGCUCGACUGUCAGGCUGAAUAUUGUUUGUCCAAGGGCAGAAGCGACUUGGCCCUGGAGAUUGCAAAGCGAAGCGUCAUUUCGGCUCCCAGCGAAUUUGCGACCUGGGCGAGACUGGCCGAAGUCUACAUCAGUUUCGAGCAGUGGGACAUGGCGCUUUUGACCCUCAACUCGUGUCCCAUGUUCACCUACCAGGACAAGGACUCACCACGUAUGCCCGAGCCCGCUCGUGUCUCCCUCCCACUCGCGCCAGAAGCCAUGUGUGAUGAGAUUGACGAUUCUAACACCGUGGGAGAAGAGCUCGUCCACCCCAACCUGCGCAGAUUGAGCGCUGCGAACUACAAGGGCACUUUUCAGAAAGCGUACUCAUUGUUGACCGAGGUGACAAAGCGCAUCGGCUGGGACCAUCUUCUCAAAAUCCGUAGUCAGGUUUUCGUCAUGGAGGAAGAGUACCGCCACGAGAGACAGGCUGUUGUGCAGCAGGAAGCCCACUCACGCAGCGCUAGCACCACUGCUUUGCGAAGCCCUGCCAUCACCGACGACCGACCAUCCACUGCUGGUUCGGUGUUCACCAACAGCGACACACCACCCGCUUCUGCUGCUCUCGGAGACGAUGUGUCCAAGCCACAACACACCGUCACCGCAGUGCCAUCAAUGGAGACCCCGGACCCUCAGCCCCCGGCUGCUGACCCGCAACAUCUGCAAUACACCCAGUUCCAGCACAAACGUCUCUGCGAGCGUUGGCUCGAUAAUCUUUUCAUGGUCUUGUACGAGGACUUGCGCAUCUACACGAUCUGGAGGACGGAAGCUCAACAAUACAAGUCGCAGCAGCUCGCUUACAAGAAGUCCGCCGAUGAGUGGGAAAUUCUUGGCGAGCUUGCAGACCGCCUACACAGACCCGAUGAUGCAGCCGAAGCUUGGGAAGCAUGCCUCAACAUGCGCUUCUCGCCAAAGGGCAUGCGCGGGAUUCUCUCUGCAUAUGAGAGGUAUGGUGACGUGCGGGGAGAAUUGGGUGCCCUGAUUAGACUCAUCGCUUGGCAGUACAAGUGGUACUCGGAGGUAAGGACGAUUUCAACCCUUGUCUGUUGUAGUAUACUAACAUUGCCGUUCAGUNUUUCGCCCUCUUUGGUUCAUGUCAUCAGAAAGCUGAUUGAAGAAGAAGGCGCCGUCAAGGUCAGGAGUAUCAUCCAAGCGACAUCCCUUCCUCAACAUAUCUUGGAUUUGACGCAUCAAUAUGCCGGUCUGUGUGCGGCUUUCAGAAGUAGCGGGAGCGAGGCUUGA